CCUCCAAUGGAAGGCUUGUUAUGACCGCGUUCCCUGGUUACCGUUCUGCUGCUAAAGCUCACCAGCGUAGAUGGACAAGGAGAUUGAAGACACAAGCAGCAGGAAGCUGUAGUCCAGAGCUCUGUUGAUUACUGAUAUUACCUGACUCUGUCUUCAUCAUGAAUGAGAUGAAAUACCAAAUGGCUUUUUUCUUGACGGCAGCGUUUGUCAUAUCAACAGCACUUGCUUCAACCACAGAGGCAGUGACAGAGACAUCAACGGAAACAACCUCCUCAGCAGGAGCAACUUCAGCAGAAACAACUACUACCAUGGAAGCUACGACCACUGCGACAAGAAAUAUUUCCUGUCAUGAGUAUACCUGCAAGUACGAUGGUUGCAUACAAAACGCAACUGUUCACAAUGCAACGGCCACUUGCUACACACCUGGUUACUGUUUUGGGAGAUUAACGUAUAAUUCCACAUACUGGAAGGAGGAACUUGGCUGUGAAACUACUACAAGCGGCUGCUUAACAACUGCUCAUAAUAAUAACGGUGGACGGAGAAUAUGUUGUACCAGUCACGGAUGUAACUCUAUUGAUGGCUUAAAGCUGCAAUCUACGUCACCGGGUCUCUCCUACUCUUUAGGGGUCGUUUUGUCCUGCCUUCUUUUGUGUUUAGCCAGAUUUUAGGUCCUUUCUUUGAUACAUCGAUUUAACACUGACAUUUUUCUCUCAAACUAUUAUCCAGUGAAUCUUUGUUAACUAAAUAAAAUUUAUGUGUAAAUAUUAUUAUACCGUAAAUCUGGAAAUUGAUACGUCGAUUUUAUUUUGCGAAUUCGGGUCAAAAUGCUGUUGAUUAAUUUUUACGUUUCAAAAUUUUGCGAAUGACCAUUGCUUUGUUUACAUUUUUAUUGGCGAUUUAUUUCUAAGAAGAAUAUUUUUGCGAAUGCAAUGCAUUCGCAAAGCUAAAAAAUUAUCUACAGCAAAAUUUUCCAGAUUUACGGUAAGUAUUUAAUGAAAAGCAUACAGUAAACUACCCCUUGAAUACCGAACUCAAAUUGUAAAUACAAAUGUACUGAUGAUCUAUUUAUUUAUUUAAACUUUUAUUAAUAUUUGUAUUAUUCGUGUAUUUAUUUGAUUUUCGCAGAUAAAAUUAUGUGUAUAAAGGAUGAAAUGUAUAUUUUGUAUUGGGUACGAUUGACUUUGCUUUGAAAUCCAAUACAAGUAAAGAAAAAAAAAGAAUACUUUCCAUUGGUAACAUCUUUUAUGUACAUAUCUCAAGCGGAAAGUAAUUUAGAACAUUUUUGUUAUAUUUUGUCAAAUUUGAUCUUUUUCUUUUAAGGUUUUUGCGAAAUCUGUUUGUAAUCAAUAAUAUUUUAUUUAUUAUUACAAUAUUUAAAGAUUCCCGAUCUGUUUGAUGAAGUGUGUACGUUUGUGUCGCACUGAAAAUGUAUGACGGAGUCUUAGGAGCGUGUAAUUAUGUAUUAAAUAAAGUACGUCAUUGUCACACUGGAAAUAUAUGACGCAAUCAAAUACAUCUAGUACAUAUGUUUGAUUAUGAAUUAGUUAGCACAUCAAAAUCAAUAAAGUAUGUUUAAAUCAAAAUAUGUGUCCCAGAGACAAAGUUUUAUAUACAUGUAUAUGGAUUUCUGAAUAUUAUUUUCAGAAAUUUAUGUAACAAACUGUAUUUUAAUUAGAGUUUUUGUAUAGAAUUGUGCAACGAUAUGAAUAAUUUUUUUUUGCUAUUUGAAGUACUCAGAUAUAUUCAAUGUGAAAGAAAGCUGUCUGAUGAAAUAUUUUAAAUUUGUUACGGAAAUUCAAAUGCAUUUAUUAACUGUUCGAUAUUCUCCUUUUCAUUUAUCAACUUUCACAUUUUUGUAAAUAACUUUCCCCCCAAAAUACAUGGAUUUUAUUUUCGUUAAAAAUCCAAAAGAUUAUGUACAAAUUAAAGUUACAUUUGUAAGAAAAAAUUGAUUACGUAUAAUAUUUUUUUUCUUUAAAAGAUACGCUGAAUAAAAUUCAUCAAAGCACUUUUAAUGUAAUUACUUUUGGAAAUAAAUUUUGCAUUUGUAA